CGUGUCUCUCUUUUUCGCGCGAAACUGACUCUCUCUGUUGUCGGUGGACUGUAGCGUGCUGCUGUGAGUCUGUUCUGAGAGGAGCGGUACGGCUCGGUCUGGGUUUGUUUUUGCACAAGUUUUUGAACUUUGUAUUCCAGUUUCAACAUGGACGUUGCCACAGCAACCGCGGAGAAUGCUGGAGAGAUGGUGAAGGACGAGUUGGCUGAAAAAUGUCAGAAGUUAUUCCAGGCUUUCUUGGAGGAGUUCCAGACCGGUGAUGGGGAGGUGAAGUAUGUCCGGGAGGCUGAGGAGCUGAUCCGGCCUGAGAGGAACACCCUGCUGGUGAGCUUCACAGACCUGGAGGGCUUCAACCAGGAGCUGGCUACCACCAUCCAGGAGGAGUACUACAGAGUCUACCCCUUCCUGUGUCGGGCAGUGCGCAACUUUGCUCGGGACCAUGGGAAUGUUCCUCUCAACAAAGAGUUCUACGUAGCCCUGGAGGAUCUGCCCACCAGACACAAGAUCCGUGAGCUGUCAUCCAUGCGUAUUGGCACCCUGGUGAGGAUCAGUGGUCAGGUGGUGAGGACACACCCGGUACACCCUGAACUGGUGAGUGGCACCUUCCUGUGCAUGGACUGCCAGGCGCUGAUCAAAGACGUCCCUCAGCAGUUCAAAUACUCGCCACCGACCAUCUGCAGAAACCCCGUCUGCAACAACCGCUCCCGCUUCCACCUCGACACGCACAAAUCCAAGUUCGUCGACUUCCAGAAGGUGCGUAUCCAGGAGACGCAGGCGGAGCUGCCUCGCGGUUCGAUCCCACGCUCCCUGGAGGUCGUCCUGAGGGCCGAGGCGGUGGAGACGGCUCAGGCCGGAGACCGCUGUGACUUCACCGGGUCCCUCAUUGUCGUGCCGGACGUCUCUCAGCUCAGCACUCCCGGUGUGCGAGCAGAGACCAGCACCCGUGUAACUGGAGGACCCCAGGGCUUUGACACUGACGGUCUGAGAGGACUGAAAGCUCUGGGAGUCAGAGAGCUUUCAUACAGACUGGCCUUCCUGGCCUGCAACGUGGCCCCGACCAACCCACGAUUUGGCGGUAAGGAGCUGAGGGAUGAGGAGCAGACGGCAGAAAGCAUCAAGAGCCAGAUGACGGAGAAGGAGUGGGAGAAAGUGUUUGAGAUGAGCCAGGACAAGAACUUGUACCACAACCUGUGCACCAGCCUCUUCCCCACCAUCCACGGCAACGACGAGGUGAAGCGCGGCAUCCUGCUGAUGCUGUUCGGAGGCGUUCCCAAAACCACCAUGGAGAGGACCUCGCUGAGGGGAGACGUCAACGUCUGCAUCGUCGGAGACCCCAGUACCGCCAAGAGCCAGUUCCUCAAGCACGUGGAGGAGUUCAGCCCCAGAGCGGUGUACACCAGCGGCAAGGCCAGCACCGCUGCAGGUCUGACGGCAGCCGUGGUCCGAGACGAGGAGUCCCACGAGUUCGUCAUCGAGGCUGGAGCUCUGAUGCUGGCUGACAACGGCGUGUGCUGCAUUGAUGAGUUUGACAAGAUGGACAUCAAGGACCAGGUGGCCAUCCAUGAAGCCAUGGAACAGCAGACCAUCAGCAUCACCAAGGCUGGAGUCAAGGCCACCCUGAAUGCUCGCACCUCCAUCCUGGCUGCCGCCAACCCCGUCGGUGGACGCUACGACCGCAGCAAGAGCCUGAAGCAGAACGUCAACCUGAGCGCCCCCAUCAUGAGCCGCUUCGACCUCUUCUUCAUCCUGGUGGAUGACUGCAAUGAGGUGACGGACUACGCCAUCGCCAGACGCAUCGUGGACCUGCACUCCCGCUUGGAAGAGUCUGUAGACAGACUGUACUCUCUGGACGAGAUCCGCAGAUACCUUCUCUUUGCGAGGCAGUUCAAACCCAAGAUCUCCAGCGAAUCCGAAGAGUUCAUCGUCGAGCAGUACAAGCGCCUCCGACAGCGCGACGGCUCCGGGGGUGUGACCAAGUCGGCCUGGAGAAUAACGGUGCGACAGCUGGAGAGCAUGAUCCGCCUCUCGGAGGGCAUGGCGCGCAUGCACUGCUGCGACGAGGUGCAGCCUAAACAUGUGAAGGAAGCCUUCCGUCUUCUGAACAAAUCCAUCAUCAGAGUGGAGACGCCCGACAUCAACCUGGAGCAGGACGACGAACUGGAGGAAGACGAGCAGCAGCAGGAGGAGGAGGAUGGAAACGCCGUCCCCAACGGAGUGAAUGCCGUAAACGGCCAUGAGGAAGGUGUUAACGGGCUCGCCAAUGGAAUUAACGGACAUGUCAACGGCGUGAACGGCCACGCGGAGACCGGCAGCCAGCCCAAACCGUCUCUCCGCCUGUCCUUCCCCGAGUACAGACGCAUCUCCAACCUGCUGGUCCUGCAUUUGCGCCGGGCGGAGGAAGCCGAGGAAGAGGAGGAGCUGAAGAAGAGUGCGGUGGUGAACUGGUACCUGAAGGAGAUCGAGUCAGAGAUCGACUCCGAGGAGGAGCUCGUCAAUAAGAAGGGUCUGAUAGAGAAGGUCCUCCACAGGCUGGUGCACUAUGAUCACAUCCUCAUCGAGCUGUCUCAGUCGGGGCUGAAGGGCUCAGAAUCCGCGAGCACAGAAGAGGAAGUCGUUCUGGUCGUCAACCCCAACUACAAUCUGGACGAUUAAACUCCUCCGGCUUCCACGAUUUGUUGAUUAUUAAACCUCAACAAUAAUGUUCAAGAUGUUUUUGAAUGCUCAUAUGUAAUAACACAUACAUAGCAGUAGCAUUGGAGAUGUUAUUGGACGUGUACUGUACAGACGAUUCUGGGGCUCUUUAAGAUAAAAAGAAAGACGUUUCUUAGUCAGACUUUUGUAAAUAUGCUGCUUUCUAUCCUGUUUGCUGUCUGUUUGGCUCUCAGUCAAGGGAACUGCCCUGAAUUGUGUAAUUGUUUAUCCAUAACUGUAUAUUUGAGGCUUUACUUACCUCCAUGGUUUUCAAGUUAUAUGUCUUUUUUGUAAAAGUAUGACAUGAAGUGAGUGGAAAUGUUGGUUAAAUAAAUAAAAAUGUUGACAAACACAA